AUAUAAUAAUGUAGCCAAUGGUUUCAUUACAGCUAAAGACAGUUUCGUGUUGUCUAGUAUAUCUUACACCAGAAACCUUCAACUCUGUUUCGAUCCUUUUGCAAUGGAAAUUGAACAAGUAGAUCUUGAGCCAGCGACCACCUCCGAUCCACUUGUCGGUAAGUCGUCUUGCGGUUCCUGCCUCCCCGGCUUCGGAGCCACCACCGUUAAACCCUCCUGGUGGCAGCGAAUACACAGAAACCACCUUCAAGAGCCACGUUGGUGGGUACGGGCGUUUCUAAAGAUCCGAGAGUGGUCGGAGAUCGUAGCUGGACCACGGUGGAAGACUUUCAUACGCAGAUUUAAUCGGGAUCGACGCCAAGGCCGCGACUGGGACGAUGGCGCCAAAUUCCGAUAUGAUCCUUUGAGUUACACCUUGAGUUUCGAAGAUGAAUACAAAGAUGACGACAACGACGAAACUGGAUUUGGUGGAGUCAGAAGCUUUUCCAUGCGCUACGCUUCUGUCCCCGUUGAUUCUAGUAAUACCGACGAUAUCAGCGUUGUCGACGCCGUGAAAUGAUUGGCGAUGCCUCUUGUCAGGACUAGUUCUACGAUAGGCGUUUGAAAAGUCUCUCGCGUGAGUUGUGCGUUUCCUCCUUAUUUAUUUUGUUUAGUUUGAUUUACUGUAUUAUUUUGUCGUUUAAACGUACUCCUCUUUCUAUAUGUCAUCUAAAUGUAUCACGACUGUCUUAUACCUAUUUUGAUUCUAUAAUUUUUCUGUCUUUACUAAGAAGGACGGUAUAUAAUUUUUUUUGUUACAUAGUUUCAUUGUGUGUACAAAAGAUUAUGGUAAGUGACCGCUAGUUGCGUUUAACUGUA